UAGGAGGGAGACUUUUUACACUGCACAAAGCUGGGGGGAACACUCGUCGCUGAAAUGAGCCAGAGCCCUCGAGCACUCGCCGUGGAUUAAAACGGGAAACUUUUAACGAGAUGGCUCUGAACGUGAAAAAGUAGCAGGAGAGCACCAGCACGCUAACCGCCGCCGCCAAACGGACCUUCUACUGCAAAGCAACUCCUAGUAGAUGCGCGGCCACUGCUGAAAAAUAUGCUCCAGCCGAGCCGCCUCAACCCCGGCUUCAGUCGCAAAUUCUCAGUGUUUUAACCAGUUUCGAGAGACAUUCGCCGCCUCCUGUUUAUUAGUUAGUUUUUACCCCCGUUUCUUACCUGUUAAUUGCGCUGUUCGAGUCCCCCCCUUCGACCCACCUGCGAGAGAGAAAUUAUGGCAGGGAAGCUGACAACAGUGCAGGGCACAGGAAUACUGCUGGUGACAGCCAACGUCGGAUCCCUGUUCGAGGAUCCUGAAAAUCUACAGAAAACAUGGCUGAGGGAGUUUUACCAGACGGUGCAGUCCCACAAGCCUCACUUUUUGGCAGUGCACUGUCAAGAGGUGGGCGGGAAGAAUUACGAGGCGUCCAUGUCACACGUGGAUUGUUUUGUCAAAGAGCUGUUGUCCAGUGAUGCCAUGAAGGAGUACAGCAGAGCCCGCGUCUACCUCGAUGAGAACUACAAAUCCCAGGAGCAUUUCACAGCUCUUGGAAGUUUCUACUUUAUCCACGAGUCUUUGAAAAACAUCCACCAGUUUGAUUUCAAAGCCAAGAAAUUCAGGAAGGUGGUCGGGAAGGAAACCUGCUCAGAGACACUAGAAAGCACACCCUCACUGGAGAAGGAGAAGUUUCCACAGGACUACUUUCCCGAGUGCAAGUGGUCCAGAAAGGGAUUCAUCAGAACUCGAUGGGCCCUGGCUGACUGUGCCUUUGAUCUGGUCAACAUCCACCUUUUCCAUGAUGCUUCCAACCUGGUGGCCUGGGAGAAAAGCCCUUCGGUCUACUCUGGGACCAGGUCGAAGGCAUUGGGCUACAUUUUAGACAGGAUCACGGACCAGCGGUAUGAGAGGGUGCCAUAUUUUUUCUUUGGGGACUUUAACUUCAGGCUGGACUCAAAGCAGGUUAUUGAGAGUCUCUGCUCCACUGCCACCAUGCAGACAGUCAGAACUGCCGACACCAAUGAAGUUGACAAGCUAAUAUUCCGAGAAAGUGAUAAUGACCGAAAGGUUGUUCUUCAACUUGAAAAGAAGCUUUUUAAUUAUGUCAACCAGGACGUUUUCCGGGAAAACAAUGGGACCUCACUUUUAGAGUAUGACAAAGAGCUGUCGGUGUUCAAGGAUCGGCUGCAUGAACUGGAGAUCUCUUUCCCACCCAGUUAUCCGUACAGUGAAGACAGCAAUCAGGGGAAGGAGUACAUGAACACCAGAUGCCCCGCCUGGUGUGACCGAAUCCUCAUGUCUUCUUCUGCCCGAGACCUGGUCUUAAAGCCUGAAAAUGAAGAGAAGUCUAUAGUCUAUGAUAACAUUGGGCCCAAUGUCUGCAUGGGGGACCACAAGCCUGUCUUCCUGUCCUUCCGAAUAACAGCGGGGGCAGGUAAACCUAAUGCAAAUAAGCACAAGUGUUGUGUGGUGCAGUGAUGUCGUGGGAAGUGUUGCCAAAGGGGGGAGAAGAUAUUCCGUGAAGCACCUCUAUGAGAACACAAGGAGAAACAAACAGGACACCAACAUACACACACAUUUCUAUAUGUACACGCACACACACUCACACACAUACAUGCACACACACACACACACAUAUAUAUUCACACACACUUUGCACAAUCUUACACUGAAGAACCUACACAAACUUUUCAGCAGUGCUGAUCAGUUGCAGUUGUCCUGACACCUCAUUCAUACGAAAACCCAGUCGUUUUCUCUCCAUAAAACACUUGUUGAGAUGUGGACUAGCACCCGAGGGCCCGGCUCCAGACAAGACACACAUCGCUGACCUCACCGUUGCCAUGCAACCCCAUUCCCCAGAGAGAGAGAGAGAGGGAGAGAAAGAAAAAAAAAAAGAAAAG